AUACUUAAGCCCAGUAGUACUUUCUAGGAGUCUAGACACAUUGGUACUUGGUCCCAAAGAAAAGGGCAAAAGGGUAAAGUCAACAAAAUCCAAGGGUUUAUGAAGGGUUUUAACUCCACCUCCAUACUGCCUAAUAACCCCCAUUUUCCCCUUGAAUCUUCUCCUCCAAUGGACUAUCUCUUGCUGCCAUUUUAACCAACCGCUUCCUCAUAAGAUUCCUUUUCUACCCCUCGACUGCUUCUAAAUCCCUUCCAAUGCUGAAACUCCUGUCUUCCACUUCUUCUCGUGUCCACUGCCUCACAACACCGACACCGAGCCUCCGAAUCAAGCAGGAGCCCAAUUCUGUGUUCUAUGCAUUGGGUCGACUUACCGGGUUGACUCAGAGGAGCCCUAAGAAUUCGUUCUUCAGGGCUUGCUUCUGUUCUGAUUCCAGCAAUGGGUCUGGGUCGGGUUCUGGGUCCCAACCGGCGGUCGAGGUCGACGAAAAGGGAGCUGAGUCACAGUCCGGGGCUGACUCGAAAGCGUCGUCCGCGAUUGUGUCUACUUACCCCAAGCCAGAAGAUUAUUUGACGGUUUUGGCGUUACCUUUACCUCAUAGACCCCUUUUCCCUGGAUUCUAUAUGCCUAUUUAUGUCAAGGAUCCUAAGCUGUUAGCAGCUUUGCAAGAAAGCCGAAAGAGGCAAGCUCCAUAUGCUGGUGCUUUCCUUCUUAAAGAUGAACCAGGGACUGAGUCUAGCACUAGUUCUGAAACAGAGAAAAGUGUAUAUGAUAUUAAGGGAAAGGAGUUGUUUAAUCGACUCCAUGAAGUUGGCACCCUUGCCCAGAUCUCAAGCAUCCAAGGAGACCAGGUUAUCCUUAUUGGUCACAGGCGGCUUCGAAUUACAGAAAUGGUCAGUGAAGAUCCCCUUACAGUCAAAGUUGAUCAUCUCAAGGAAAAACCUUAUAACAAGGAUGAUGAUGUCAUAAAGGCAACAUCAUUUGAGGUUAUAUCAACCCUAAGAGAUGUUUUGAAAACUAGUUCACUUUGGAGGGAUCAUGUUCAAACGUAUAGUCAGCAUAUAGGUGAUUUCAAUUUUCCAAGAUUGGCAGAUUUUGGAGCUGCAAUAUCUGGUGCAAACAAAUUGCAAUGCCAACAAGUUCUUGAAGAAUUGGAUGUGCAUAAGCGUUUACAACUUACGCUGGAAUUAGUAAAAAAGGAAAUGGAAAUAAGCAAGAUUCAGGAAUCAAUUGCAAAAGCAAUUGAGGAAAAGAUUAGUGGUGAACAACGCCGAUACUUGUUGAAUGAGCAGCUUAAGGCAAUAAAGAAGGAACUUGGUUUGGAAACGGAUGACAAAACCGCCCUUUCAGCAAAGUUCAAGGAAAGACUUGAACCAAAUAGAGAAAAAUGCCCACCUCAUGUGUUGCAAGUUAUAGAAGAGGAGCUAACAAAGCUGCAGCUGUUGGAGGCCAGUUCGAGUGAAUUUAACGUAACUCGGAACUAUCUGGAUUGGUUAACAGUACUCCCUUGGGGAAAUUACAGUGAUGAAAAUUUUGAUGUUAUUCGGGCACAAACAAUUCUUGAUGAAGAUCAUUAUGGAUUAACUGAUGUUAAGGAAAGAAUAUUGGAAUUUAUAGCUGUUGGAAAACUCAGAGGAACUUCACAAGGUAAAAUUAUCUGUCUCUCUGGCCCACCUGGAGUGGGCAAAACUAGUAUUGGUCGUUCCAUUGCCCGUGCUUUGAACCGUAAGUUCUUCCGGUUCUCUGUUGGAGGACUGUCUGAUGUUGCUGAAAUCAAGGGGCAUCGUCGAACCUAUAUUGGUGCUAUGCCAGGAAAGAUGGUGCAGUGCCUGAAAAAUGUGGGGACAGCAAACCCUCUUGUUCUAAUUGAUGAGAUAGACAAGCUGGGGAGGGGACAUGCUGGCGAUCCAGCAAGUGCUUUGCUUGAACUCCUUGAUCCUGAGCAAAAUGCUAACUUUUUGGAUCACUAUCUUGAUGUGCCAAUUGACCUAUCAAAGGUUUUGUUUGUUUGUACUGCGAAUGUUGUGGACAACAUACCAAACCCUCUCUUGGACAGAAUGGAGGUCAUUGCUAUUGCUGGUUACAUCGCUGAUGAGAAAAUGCAUAUUGCUAGAGAUUAUCUUGAGAAAACUGCACAAGAAACAUGCGGUGUCAAACCUGAACAGGUUGAGGUAACUGAUGCAGCUCUUCUUGGCUUAAUAGAAAAUUACUGCCGAGAAGCAGGAGUUAGGAACCUUCAAAAGCACAUAGAGAAGAUCUAUCGUAAGAUUGCUCUUCGACUUGUGAGAGAAGGAUCAUCCAAUGAAUCUGUCAUUAGUGGAGAGGUAGUCCAAUCUGCUGAAACCAAAGCAGAAGUUGAUGAAACUGAUCAGCAUGCAGCUGCAAAUGAGACUGCUGCUGAAGUUGAAUCAGUAGGGAAUAGCAGUCAUGAGCUUAAAUCUGAAUCCUCAGUUCAGACAAGUGACCAGCCUAAGGAUCCAAAGGAUGCUACAGAAACUGAGAAACUUAAGGAAACUGAAACAAGUAAGGCAGUUGAGAAAGUGUCGGUUGAUGCCUCAAAUCUUGCCGAUUUUGUUGGGAAACCAGUUUUCCAUGCGGAGCGCAUCUAUGAUCAGACUCCUGUUGGAGUUGUGAUGGGUCUAGCUUGGACUGCCAUGGGUGGUUCCACCUUGUACAUUGAAACUACUGAAGUUGAGCAAGGAGAAGGGAAAGGUGCCCUUCAUGUCACUGGUCAACUUGGAGAUGUUAUGAAAGAAAGUGCGCAAAUUGCUCACACACUUGCCAGAACCAUUUUGCUGGAGAAAGAACCUGAUAACCCCUUCUUUGCCAAUACCAAGCUCCAUCUCCAUGUUCCUGCUGGGGCCACCCCAAAAGAUGGGCCCAGUGCUGGUUGCACCAUGAUCACUUCCUUGCUAUCCCUUGCCAUGAAGAUGCCUGUUAGGAAGGAUCUAGCAAUGACUGGGGAAGUGACUCUGACUGGGAAGAUUCUUCCGAUUGGAGGGGUGAAGGAGAAAACAAUAGCAGCAAGGAGGAGCGAAGUGAAGACCAUCAUAUUCCCGUCUGCUAACAAACGUGAUUAUGAUGAGCUUGCACCAAAUGUAAGAGAAGGUCUUGAUGUGCACUUUGUAGAUGACUACAGUCAGAUAUUCAAUUUAGCAUUUGAUAAUAACACAGGAAAUUAGUUUCUUAUGGUUUUAAAUAACACCGUUUUCCUGGGUUUCUGCCUGAAUAUUCCUUGUAAUUGAUUUGGGAACCAAAACCCAAUUUUGUAUUGUGGUACACCAGCAUUUUAAAUCAAGAAAUUACAGAGUAGAGCACAAA